GGUAGAUAAGAAAAAAAGGUUUCAAUGGAAACUGAGUCAAGCUCAGAAUUCUUGGGCAGGGGAAAGAUUAUGAAGGGUGGCAAUGGCAAGAGGAAUGGUCCAAGUAGCGGCAUCAAAGUUGAGCCCUUUGUGCCAAGAAGUGAGCACAAUCCAAAGGAGUUAAGAUCAUGGGCAAAGAGAACUGGCUUUGUAUCUGUAUCUGAUUACUCAGGGGAAGCUGGGACUAGUGCCAGUGAAAAUUUUGAUAGUGUUGGGUUUGAUGUGGAGAAUGGUGUUGUUGAUGAUCAUAAAGGAGAAGGGUCCUCUCCCAAGAUUGAGAUUGAUCCGGUUCUUGGGCUGGCAAGGCCUGUUAGGGACAGUGAUGAGAUUGAACCAGAUUCUGGUUCGAAUUCAAUGCAUGGAGCCAUGAAGAGUGACAAGGGAAGAGUUCUGAGGCCAAAAGAUGCUAAUGGAUGGGAUGGAACUUUGAGGAGCCAAAAUAGGAAGAGGAGAAAUGGGGAUGAGCCUGUUUUGGCUUCAGUUUCAGCUGCUGCUGAUGAUGAUGGGAAGAAAGUUGAGUUAAGAGGGGAUGGUGAUGCUAAUGCUAAUGCUAAUGGAAUUGGAAUGGUGAAUAUGAAUUGGGAUAGAAAUGGCCAUGGAGCCUCUUCGGUAGCUCUGGUGGCGGAUAAAAAGGAGGAGGAUGGUGUAGCUGAUGGAGAUGUUAAGGUUAAUUUGUAUCCUGUGGGUGAGGAACAUUCCGUUCAAGGGUGGCAGGAACCAUCAGAAUUGAAGUAUGGUGUCACAGAAAACCCGGGUCUAGUAUCUCUUAUAUAUUACACCCUGCAGCACUACUUAUCAUUGGCUGGCUCACUAGUAUUAAUCCCAUUAAUCAUGGUACCAACAAUGGGUGGAUCAGAUAAGGAUACUGCUAAUGUGAUUUCUACGGUGCUGUUUCUUUCUGGCGUCACAACAAUUUUGCAUUCCUACUUUGGUACCAGAUUGCCUCUUGUUCAAGGGAGCUCAUUUGUGUAUCUGGCACCAGCAUUAGUUAUCAUGAAUGCUGAAGAGUUUCGAAAUCUUACAGAACAUAAAUUUAGGCACAUAAUGAGGGAACUCCAAGGAGCUAUAAUUGUUGGUUCAAUAUUCCAAUUCAUCCUGGGGUUUAGUGGUUUAAUGUCUAUUCUUCUCAGGAUAAUCAAUCCCAUUGUGGUGGCUCCAACUGUUGCUGCUGUAGGUUUAGCGUUCUUCAGCUAUGGUUUUCCAGAAGCUGGCACUUGCUUGGAAAUUAGCAUUCCACAGAUAGCAUUGGUUAUAAUGUUCUCACUGCAUCUUCGAGGAAUAUCUAUCUUUGGACACCACAUAUUUCGAAUUUAUGCUGUUCCCCUGAGUGUUACAAUAAUUUGGAUAUAUGCAUCAUUUUUAACCGCUGGGGGAGCAUACAACUACAAAGGGUGCAAUCCCAACAUUCCAAGCUCAAACAUUCUGAAUGAUUCAUGCAGAAAGCAUGCAGAUACUAUGAAGCAUUGCAGGACGGAUAUAUCAAAUGCAUUGUCAACUUCUGCAUGGCUCAGAAUCCCCUACCCUCUACAAUGGGGUCUUCCUGUUUUCCAUCUUAGGACUUGCAUAAUCAUGGCCGUAGUGUCACUUGUUGCUUCUGUUGAUUCAGUUGGGACUUAUCACAUGUUGUCUGUGAGAGCUAAUUUGAAGCCUCCAAGUUCAGGAAUUGUGAGUAGAGGAAUAGCAUUGGAGGGCUUGUGUAGUAUAUUGGCUGGUCUUUGGGGUUCAGGUACUGGCUCAACAACUCUCACAGAAAAUGUGCACACAAUUGAAACCACCAAGGUGGCGAGUAGGAGGGUAGUUGAACUUGGAGCAGCAUUCCUGAUCCUCUUCUCAUUUAUGGGAAAAGUGGGUGCCCUUCUUGCUUCCAUUCCACAGGCUUUGGCUGCUUCUGUACUGUGUUUUAUGUGGGCUCUUGUUGCAGCAUUGGGUCUGUCAAACUUACACUAUGGUCAGUCAGGAAGCUUUAGGAACAUGGCAAUAGUUGGCAUUUCAUUGUUCCUUGGUCUGUCCAUCCCUUACUAUUUUCAGCAAUAUCAGCCACAAGCCACUCUCAUACUUCCCGGUUAUCUAGUCCCUUAUGGUGCUGCAUCUGAUGGACCAUUUCAUUCAGGCAUCAAACAACUUGAUUUUGCAAUCAAUGCUCUAAUGUCAUUAAACAUGGUGAUCACACUGUUGGUGGCAUUCACUCUGGACAACACAGUCCCAGGAAGUGCACAAGAAAGAGGGGUGUACACAUGGUCACAAACACAAGACAUUGCCACUGAUCCCUCACUCAAAUCUGCAUAUUCUCUGCCAAAGAAAGUUGCUCGGUGCUUGUGUUGGGCUAAAUGUUUAGGAGGAGUCUGAAUUCUAGUUUUUUUCUGAUUCAUCUGUCUAUUAGUUUUUGUGGGAGAAAAACUGAAACAGUAGGUCACGGCUUGGCACAUAGAAGACAUUGCAGUUCAUGGAUAAUAAGAUAUGACACACAUGGAUUUAGCCACAUUUCACUAGAUAGGAACAGGCUUAACUCUAAUUUUGAUUGUAAAAUCACACAUACUUUCAAAUACAUAUAGGUCAAAUUGUUAGGUGGAUAUAACAAAAGAAGAAAUUCAUUGUACUUGUACAUUUAUAACUUUUUUUUUUGGGCAAAGUAAUAAUUCAAUUUUGUAA